AUGAAGACAGUCGAGACUUACAAAGAGAUCGAAAAGCGCCUGGAACAGAUCAGCAAUGACGAAAUGAACGAUGAAUCAUUGCCGCAUCAAAACAUGCUUUUCAUCACGAAACAUGAAAAAGAAAAGCCUGGACGGAUGAGAAUCGUUCAAGAUACAAGCUACUGGUUUAGGUACCCAGAUGGCCUCAGAAAAUUCAAGGUCGGCCCGAUUCAAGACGAAAACCAGCCGGAAGACAUCAAAUCAGACGAGUUUCCAAUCGGCCUCCAGUGCCGCGAUCCAGCUUGCGCUGCUCGAGGAGUCAUCUACGUCACCGAUGCUGAUUUGAGGGGCGAAAAGAGGACUUACAACAAAGUUGGAAACCACUACCGCUCAUCCGACUGUGACAUCGACCAGACCUACCCAAAGCGAUCGCUCUUCGAGUGCUACUCACGAGUCAGCAUCAACGGCGACCAUUCUUGCAAAGGAAUCAAGAUGAAAGACGGCUUGACCGAUGUGGUACGAGAUCAUAUCUUGGCGCGUGAGAAGAUGCCUGAUUUUCCGGAAGAGGACGAAUACGGCUACUACGUAUUUACUCCGAUCGAGGACAAAGUUAACAGAAUGAUCGAUGACGAAGACUACGAAAUGCGCAAAUCGGAACACAAAAAGCUUUGUGAAAUAGACUUCGACGAAAAGGAAAUCGGACGAAUUUGCAAAAUUCAACUCAAGCGACUGGAGUUCCAAGAAUCGCUAAAGAAGACGCUUUCUCGUAUGCAGAAAAUCCAUCCAGGAGUUUGCUCUGACCCGGCCAAUGUAGAAGCUUACCUGAAAAUGGAGGAACUCCCUCUUGGUGCCAGCUACUGCAAUACAGAGGAAACAAACGGAAAGAAAAAGAAAGCUCAAAAAUCAAAAAAGAAGAAAACACCUGAAGAUCAAGCUUGGAAGCCAGGUUCUUCUACAGAGAAAAGCAUCAAGAAGAAGAAAGAUCGGAAAAGAAAGCAAACUGAGCGCGCGGAUGAGGACUCGGCUGAGGAAGGACCUUCGAAGAAACGCAAACCAAAGAAAUCAUAA